UUUGUCCCAAGGAGUACAGAUAAAUAGUCCUGUCAAAAGGCGCAGCUCGCGCGGCUGUACUUCUGGAUCCGGAGUCAAGUUCAGAGCCCCAGGUUGGCGGGUCAGUGGCCAAUCGCGCCUGCUCCAGGAGCCCAGCUCAUUGAGGGCCUGGGUCUCCGGGACUUCUCUGAGCUGUCCCACGCCCCAUCCUCUUCCAGGGAGCGGAAGCCGGAGACGGCGAGACUGGACGGGGAGGAGGAAGGUGGGCGCGCGUGGGCGCCGGGGACUAGGCGAUGUCCACCGGCUCGGUGAGUGACCCCGAAGACAUGGAGGUGCGAGGGCUGCCGAGGGUCUACCAGGCCCCCGCCUCCAAGAGGCCACCUCUGCACAGCAGCGAGAGAGGCUAUGGUUCGCCCAGCGACAAUUCUUCCGCGGAGGAGGAGGACCCCGACGGUGAAGAGGGGCCAUGCUCGUUGGGAGCCGUGGGCAUCCCGGGGGGCUGCAAGAGGAAGCGGCCCCGUGCGGCUAGCGCGGGUGGCGCAGGUGGCGGAGGCGCAGGUGGCGGUGCGGGCGGAGGUAGCAAGAAGCCGCUCCCGCCCAAGGGCUCGGCCGCCGAGUGCAAGCAGUCGCAGCGGAAUGCGGCCAACGCCCGCGAGCGCGCCCGGAUGCGGGUGCUGAGCAAAGCCUUCUCCAGACUCAAAACCAGCCUGCCCUGGGUGCCGCCCGACACCAAGCUUUCGAAACUGGACACGCUGCGCCUGGCUUCCAGCUACAUCGCGCACCUGCGCCAACUGCUGCAGGAGGAUCGCUACGAAAACGGCUACGUGCACCCGGUGAACCUGACGUGGCCAUUCGUGGUCUCUGGACGACCAGACUCUGACACCAAAGAUGUUUCUGCAGCCAGCAGACUCUGUGGAACUUCCGCUUAGAGGGACAGCCACGAGGCUGAUGGAUUAUGUUAAAUGCUAAGGACUGGGCCAAGGAGGGCCCAUUGGAUUCCGGACCUUGUCCUUUGCCUGAACCUGUUAAAAGGACGGUGACUGCCCUCGUGGAGCACAGGAGGCCAUGGCUGCUGCGGAUCAUCUUAGGCUGGGGAGCCUAAGAGAACCUGGUAUCCUGGAGGAACUCGAGGAGAUCCAACCUGGGGCUUUAGCUCUAAGCACAAACCCGCGGUAGCCAUCUGAGUUCACUGCAGAAACGGGCUGGUUUUUAAACUAAUGCCGAUUUUCCCUCUGGUUGAUGGCAAGGUACUGCGCAGCCAGGUCCUUUUCUGUGACCAUGGUUGAGUUCUCUUUUCCAGCACUGGACAGACAAGGCCUUGGUGUUAGAGCUGAGCAGGGGCCUCUUUUGAAGUCUCUAAGGACAGUGGCAUACUCCCACCAGGGGCCUCUCUUUUAGUGGCAAGAUGGUGAUAUAUACUACCGGAAGCCGGUUUUGCCUCCAAUCCCUCGGGGUUGGGGUCCACUUUCUGAGCCCCCUCCUCUGUCUAAUCAGUGUGGGGGCAGCUGGUUGUUUUGGGUCCCAGUCUCCUUCCCACCAACACUGUCUCCUGAAGUCUUACCUGACUGCCCAUUUUGGGACAUGCACUUCACCCCUCUAAUAGGGUCACCCCUACGUGGGGUUCAUGUUCUCCCAGGCACCCACUAUUCUUCCUGGUCCAGGGACUAUGCAUGGGGACAGCUGGGGCUGGUCUCUCUACGCACUGACCGGCUGGCUUCUACCCACUGCAAGGUGCUUAGUGGGCCUGGCAAUGCUGUGGUGAUGCUGCUCUACCAUGGUAACUGACAUAUGUAAAUAAAUUUAUUUUUUUAUGAACAAA